UAAAUUAAUCAUGUUUUAAUAGGAAGAUGUAUAACAUUAUUAUUAAUUUAGAAUCGUGUCAAGUCUAAAAGAGAAAACUAUGCUGUUGAAAUCAGAAACUAAAGUAGAUUAGCAAUAUUUAAUCAAAAAAGAAAUUAAUUUGCUUCAUAAGCAACAUUAUAUAAAUAUGUGCCUGAAAAUUUCUUGGAAUUAAUUCCAGAAGCUGAUAUUUAAGUAUUUGUAUCAGAAAAGUUAUUGAAUCCAAAUAAUUCAUUACCUUAUGUUUUGGAAGGCUUAAAACUUUUAAAUGAGAAAAGGAAGCAAAUCAAAAUUUACAAAUUACUUUAACCAAAAUUAUUAGAAUUAAUAAACCCAUUUCUAGGUGUCUUGUCAUCUAAAGAAGAGUAUUUAUCCUACCUAGUAUUUUAUCAUUUAUUGAAUAUCAUUUAUUAUUUAGAUUAAGCAUAAUUGCAAUUAUUUUAUAGCAUGACAGGUUUUAAGGAAUUAUAUUGCUAUAUUAAGGAUUCAACAUUUGAUUUUAUGAGAUAAGAAAAAUUUGAAGUUGCUGCCUUUGGAUUAUUUACUAUAGCAAAUAUUUUGAGUGAAAAAGCAUUAGUUCUCAAACAUCCAUUCCUGCUUUAAUAAUAUUAAUAAUUUUUAAUUGAUCUUACAAUUCUGCAAUAAAAUUUUAAAACAAUUCCAACAAUAAAUUUUGUUCAUGGUCUCAUGUGGGUAUUGAGGAAUUUAACUCAAUUAUCAAAUAAUAUUUAUUUAUAAUUCUUUGAUAUCUUAUAAAUGAACAUCAACCAUAUUGAAAAGUUUUAAAACAAUAAUAAUGAUAUUUAUUUUCAAUUAUGCUAAGAUUUUUUAUAAGGAUUGUCAACUAUAACUAGACGUAUGACAGAAGACGAAAUCAGUGAAUUAUUUGCAACUCAUAUUUAAUUACUUAUAUUUUUGAUUUCAAAUCCAUGGGAUCCAAAAGUACAUUUAGAAUAAGCUGAAAUUCUUCGAAAUCUUUUAUAUGGUUAAGAUGAUGUUAUUGAGUAAUUACUUUCUCUUGGUUUAAGUGAAGUUAUUGCAAAAUUGAUGUCAAGCACUAAUUAAGAAGUUAUUGAAGAGACUAUUGGUUGUAUUAGAAAUAUCUUUGGAGCAGAAGAUGAAGAAUUAAUUACAUCAUUUUUAGGUUAGCAACAAUUUCCAAUCAUCAAAGAUUUAUUAUAUAGAUGUACAGGUGCUAAUAAAUUAGAAGUUAGAAAUGAAGCAAUUGGAGCUAUUUAAGUAUUAUUAACAAAUUUUUAAGAAUCUGGUGAAGCUGUAAUUAAAUUUGGAGGUGUUGAAAUUUUAAUUAAUUCAUUAACAGAUACAGUUGGUUAAAUUGAAAUAAUCAAUAAUAUUUUAAGUUCAAUAUACCAACUACUUUCAUAUGAUUUAUCCAUAAAUUUAGAUUAAGUAAGAUAAUUAAUCUAAAAUUGUUCAGGAGAGUAGAUUAUUAGCUAAUUUCUUGAUAGUAAUGAUGAAUUAACAAGAACUUUAGCAUUCAAAUUAAUUGGAUUUAUUAAUUUAGAGUGA